AUGGCUCGCAAGCAACCUGCCCGCGGCUCUCCGCCGGCCGAGCUGCUGUAUCAUUCUCGGCGGUAUCGCGUCGUCAUCUGUACAGUUUGCAAUUAUGCGGUGCCCCGACCGGGAAUUGCAUGGCACUUGAAGGAAAUGCAUUCCAUGAGCCCGUCCGACCGCAAGCCAUACCUUGACUUCGUGGCCGGGCUUGACAUUUGCCCUCCCAACCAAGUUGUACCUCCGACCGUGGAGGAAUUUCCAGUUCCACAACUGCCAGUAUUGGACGGGCUUCAAUGCACCAGCUCGGGCUGCAACUACCUCUGCACAAGCGAGAAACGUCUGAAGAACCAUUUCACGAAUACACACAAGUCUGAACAACAAGCCUUCCGUCGGGUCCCUGUACAGACGUUCUUUCGCGGGAACAAGCUCUCAUACUUCACGGGAUCGAGCACAUCUUCUUUACUCAAAACCAGAGCUUCGCAUUCGAUCCUACCACUGCGGUCGGUGCAAUCACACACCCUGUUUAGGCCAGUACCGACAUCCACCAGCUGCCAAUCACGGAGUCCAGUUCAAGAUCCCCUCACACUUCUCCGACACUACCAGAGGUCUACUUUCAAGACGAUAGCGGAUGGAACUCCCGUUGAUGAGAAGCUGUGGAGGGACGUCAUCUUCCAGAUUGCUCACGAACAUGAAUUCCUGCUUCAUGGUCUCCUGGCAUUCACCUGUCUCCAUCUGGCAUACCUGAACCCAGGUACGCGAAAUGAGUACUUAAUCAAGGCCGGUGAGUAUCAGAGCAAAGCUAUGCCGCAGUUUCGAGAAGCCAUAGCGAGACCUACAGACGGUAACUGCCACGCAAUCCUCGCCUUCUCAAGUCUUCUCAUCCCUUACAGCUUUGCCUCGGAGCAACAGGACGAGUUGUUUCUUGCCUCUGAUAAUGAUACUGAUGCCGUCCCGACCUGGCUGUACUUUAUUCGCAACGGCUGCAUCACGCUUUGCGACCAAUGGGACAAGGUAGAAUCCGGGCCUUGUGGGACUCUGGCCAAAGCCUGGGAUAAACCUUUUGAGACACGAACUCCCGAACAAGCGGUGUAUCUGGAGGACAUGCAUGCAAUCAUGGAUGCUUCUGUUGGUGAACAUGCAUGGCCACAUGAGGUCCGUGAGGCAUACCGAGAAGCGGCAGCGGAGCUAGCCAUGGCCUUCGCAUGCUCACAGUCCGACCCCGAGAAUUACACGACGUGGGAUGCACUGAGGGUAUGGCCAAUGCGCAUAUCGAUGACAUUCACCAGGCUGCUUCGUGACUCGCAUCCAGCUGCGCUGAUCUUGCUUGCACAUUAUGCGAUACUUCUGAAGCCCAUUGAGUCCAAAUGGUAUUUCAAGGGUCGCGCCACCAAGCUCUUGGAGACAAUAUCUAGGAAAGUGGACCCUCAUUGGCACUUCGCUCUGCCUGGUCUGUGA